AUGAACGGCGUGACAGUCAACGGUCUGAACUCAACCACCGGGACUCAGAUCCAACUGUUGGGAUCAAACAUCUCGAUGAUCGUCGACGUGUCGGUCAAGAACCCGAACUCUGCUUCGUUUAGGUACUCGAACACAACGACUGAUAUAUAUUACAAAGGAACGGUGGUUGGUGAAGCACGUGGGCCACCGGGAAAGGCGAGAGCGCAUCGGACGGCGAGGAUGAACAUGACGGUUGAUAUUAUGAUAGAUCGGUUUAUGAUGGAUCCGGGUUUGGUUCGAGAAGUAACUGGGUCGGGUCUUUUGAACGUGUGGAGUUACACUAGGGUUGGUGGUAAGGUGAAGAUACUAGGGAUGGUGAAUAAACACGUUACGGUUAAAAUGAACUGCACGAUGGCUGUUAACAUCACUCGACAGGCUAUUCAAGAUACUGAGUGCAAGAAAGAUAUCGAUCUUUGA